AUGGAUAUUUAUUAACUAUUAAGUUUUGAUGGAUUCAACAACACUUUGGAGAUCCUACUUAACAAAAUGGCAUGUUAAAAAUUGCAAUAGAUCUAAAAUAAUCUAAAUAUUAUAUGCAUAAUCGGAUCUCAAAAAUCUGGUAAAAGUUGGUUACUGAAUAAAUUGUUUAUGCAAGGUUAAGGUUUUCAAUCUAGUACUAAAGUAUCAAUCAUAAUAAACUCAAGGGAUUUUAUUUUACAUAUGAUGGUUAAUUGAUAAUAGAUACAGAAGGAUUGGGAUGUGGUGAUCAAAGAAAAGACAUUCAAAUUAUAUUACUUGCUUCUCUGUUAUCUAGCGUUGUAAUUUAUUGCGGUAAUUUUACAAUUAAUUUCCUUAGGUUAUUCAGUUGAAGAUUUUGAACUCAUGAUUAAUCUUGAAGAUUAUGAGGACAUUCUCCCUCCUUUUAUUUGGGUUUUAAGAGAUAUUUAAAAUAAAGAUGCUCUUUAACCUAAAGAUCUACUUGAAAGAUAAUUCAAAUCAUAAAAUAGAGUGAAAAAACAUUUAUUAAAACUUUUCUCAGAUUGUGUCACUAUUCCAUCUUCUAGUGAAAGUAUAGAAUUUAUUGAUUCCAUGGCUUUAUUAAGAAGAAAAGUACUUAAUUAUGCAAAACCUAAAAAAAUCUAUUAGAAUAUUUAUCUUAAUGGUCUUCUAUUAGUUGACAUGAUUUAAAUGGUUGUUGCAAAAUUCAAUAGUAAUCAACCUGUUGAUUUAAGAUAAAUUACUGAAACUAUUGUAGAUAAAUAAUCUACUGUCUUAUUGAAUGAAGCCUUUAAAAAAUAUGAAUUAUAAAUUACAUAGCUCAAAUUACCAACAUGUUCAUUUGAAGAAUUAAAAAAUCAUCAUAAAGAUUCUGAACUCAAAGCUUUAGAAUAUUUAAAAUCUAAAAUCAAUGAUAAAGAUUUAAAUGAUGAUUUACAUCAAAUGUGCAAAGAUACAUUUAAAGAAAUCUGCAAAAGAAAUGAAUAAGAAGCUACUAAUUUAUGCAAUUCAUUCAUAAACUAAGAAUUUUAAACAUUAUAAAAACGAUUAUCAGAAUAUCGCAGUAUUUUAGAAUUUGAAAGAGAUAUCAAACUGUUCUAUUAAUUCUUAUUAGAACAUGGACCAAAAACUGUGUUAAAGUAAUAAGUUUAUUAAGAAUUUUAUAAUAAAAUGAUGACAGAAGGUACUAACAUGUUUAUUAAAUAAUAAAAUUAGUAAUAAUAAUAGUAACAAUAACCACUUUAAAUAAAAAAUGAAAAUAUUUCUACAGAAAAGGAUAAAACUAUAAAUGAACUUAUAUGCAAAGUUAAAGAAUAGGAAAAUAAAAUUUAUUCACAAUAAUCAUCAAUCAAAUUAUUAGAAGAAUAAUUAUUUUCUUCAGAAAAAUAAUUAGAAAUUCUUCAAACUGAAUUAAUUAAAUAAAAAGAAUUACAUCAAUAACAAUUCAAAUAAUUUGAAAGAAAUCUUUAUUUAAAAGAAUCAGAAUUUAAUAAGAUGAAAGCACUUAAUGAAUAAAAAAUCCAACAUCUAACAAAAUAAUUAGAAUAGAGUUAACGUAAAGAAACCUAAAUGGAUUCUUCAUUUCUAAAUACUAAAUCAGAAUACACAAUAUAAAUUAGAGAUGUUUAAUCUAAAUAUGAAUAAAUGAUUACUUAGUUAUAAGAAAGGCUUUUAGCAUAAACUGAUAAAACCUAAUAACUUUAAGAUUAAUUAAAUAAUCUUGAACAAUAAAAUACUUAAGCUUAAUUUAAAUUGUAGAGUAAAGAGAGCAAGAUAUAUGAAUAAUAACAAUAAAUUUAGUUAUUGAAGAAUUCUGUCGUAUAAUUACCAUAAAUUGAUAAUUCAAACAAUGAAGAAAAUGAAAAAUAAAUAGCUAGAUUGAAAGAAAUUAUUGAAUCUUAAGAAGUAUAAUUAAAAGAAAAGACAUCUUAAUUAAUACAAUACAAAUCAAAUUUAGAAAGAGAACAAGCAUUGAUAGCUUAAGAGAAAUAAUUCCUUGAAAUUUAACUUAAAGAUAUUUCUGAAUAAUUAAAACUUGAAAAAAAGAACCAUGAAUAAACAUUAAGUUUAUUUGAAAGUUAAAAUGAUGUAAAUAAAAGUUAAGUGUUUUCGAAGUAAUAUAUGGAAAUGAAAGAUAUGCAUUUAAAUGAAAUGAAAUAAUUAGAAUAGGAAUUUGAAAUCUAAAGAAGAAAAAUGUAAUAAUAGAUAGAAUAUUUAAAUUCAGAAUUAAAUAAAACUGAAAGUCAGUUAUUAUAUUAAUAAAAUGAUUUUAGUAGAGAACUGUAAUAAGCACAAAAUUCGAUUCUUAAUUAUGAAGAUAAUAUUUAAAGAUUGAAUAAAGAAUUUAUGUUAUUAGAAUAAUAAAAGGCAAGAAUUUAAAGAGAAUUGGAAGAGAAGUUAAUUUUAAAAACAAAGAGUCAUUAAUAAGAAAUUGAGGAAUUGAAAAAAUAGAAUAUAAAUGAAUAUCGAUUAUUAUAAAAUAAAAACGAAGAAUAAAUUUCAUAAUUAAGAUAAAUGUAUGAUAUAGAGAGACAAAAGAUUGAAUAAAAAUUUAUGGAAGAUAGAAAGAUUAUGGAAGUAAAGUAUAAUUAAAUGGUGGAAGAGUUGGAAAGUUAAUUUGACAAUAAUUAAGAUGAAGAAAUUUAGAAGCUUUAAAAAAAACUUAAAUAAAACGAUUUAUAAUUGCAAUAAUUAUAAUAACAUUUGUAAAAUGAAAAUGAUUUGAAAUAAAAAUAGAUUUUAACUUUGGAAUAAGUAAAUAGUUCAUUGAAAAUAUCCAUUCAAUAAUAUUAGGAAGAUUAAUUAAAUUUAUAAAAGCAAAUACAAGAUUUACAUUAAAUUAAUUAAAUCAAGGAAGAAGAACUUAAUAUUUUAAAAUAAUAAGGAUAAUAUGAAUCAUUGAAUAAUAAUAAAUAAGAUCAAAUUGAAAAAAUUAAAUAGAGUAAUUAAUUAGAAAAGCAAAAAUUCAAUGAAUAAAUUAUUGAAUUGAGGAAAUAACUUGAUGAUGCUUAAGAUGAAAAUAUUAAGAUAAAAGUUGAAUAUGAAAAACAAUUGGCAUUAAUCACAUAAGAAAAUGAAUUUAAUUCACAUAAAUUAGAAUAACUAUAAGUUUAAAUAAAAAAUUAUGAAUCUAAGAAUUUUACACAAUUAAUUAAGAUUGAAAGUAAUGUUUCUUAGUUAACUCUCGAAACUGAUCUUAAAGAAUAGCAAUAAAAAUAUGAAAAAUUAAGAUAAUAAUAUAAGGAAUAAGAAAUAAAUAAUAAUAAAAUUGUUGUUGAUUUACAAUAAUAAAUAGAAUAAUUAAAAAUUUAAUUAUAAGAUGAAUAAAAUAGUUAAUAAAAAAAAAAUGUAAAUAUACCAGUCUAAUAAAAUGUUAUUCAUUCAAAUACUUAAGUUAUAAGUUAAUUAAAACAAUAAAAUGAAAAUUUGUAAAAUGAAAUAUAAGAAAUGAAAUCAUUACAUGAAAGAGAUGCAUUACUAUGGGAAGGUAAAUUUAAAUUCUUACAAUAAUAAAAAGAUUAAUCUAAAUAAGAUUUAUAGGAGGCAAUGAAAAAGUUUGAAUUUACUAUAAAUCAUCUCUAAAAAGCUAGAUAAUAGGAUUUAGAGGAAGAAAGUAACUCAAUUUCUGAGAUGUUAGUAACUUUAGAGAAAAAGUAUUAAUUAUAAGUUUUAGAUCUUACAGAGCAUCAUUAAGCAAUAGUUAAUGAAUAUGUAAUGAAGAUUGAAUAAUUAUAAAAAGAAUUAAAUUUGAACAAUGUAUCAAAUUAAAAUUAUCAUAAUGGAAGAGGUGAUUUUAGUGACAUUUCUUUACUUUAUGAAAAUCAAAUUGAAUAAUUAAAAUUAUAAUAUGAAACAAAAAUAGAAGAAUUAUACUUAAAUCAUACUGAAGAGAGAUAGAUUUGGAGAGCUAAAUUAAGUGAAGUAGAAGAGAAAUUAAAAGAAGCUGAAAUUAGAAGAUCAAAUAUGGUAUUUGAACAUGAGAAGGAAAGAGCAAAAUGGAAUAUUGAAAAAGAUGAGUUAAAAUAUUAGAAAAGUGAACUUUAAGAAUAAUGUUCUAAUUUAGAAUAAUAAAAGAAUAAAUCUGAUAAAAAAAAUAAAAAAGUUGGUACUAUAAGAACAAGAUUAAGUCCAAACAAAUCUCCUGGUAAUGUUUAUUUAAUAUAUUAGGAACAUUUUCAAAUGCAUCUAAAUUAGGAUAAUCUUUUGAUACUUUCUAAUAAGCAAGUAUGGAACUUCCAGAAGAAAAUAAAUCGAUUCAUUUAAAUCCUGGAGAAUCAUUCGAAGCUUAUUAUUUAGCAUAAAAAAAGUAUGAUUGA